GGUUAUUAUAAGAACUCUAUGCAGGAUGACGACGUUCGGCCUACCUCCAUGAUUUCUCCUCUUUCAACUUCCAACUGCGAGCAUGGAUUCUCCCCAAAACGAGAAGCCCUCUGCCGAGGGGGAUAAGCGUCUCCUGAACUUGUAUGGAAAGAUUCCAACCAGAGGAAACCUUCUCCAUCACCACGAACAUCCCUUCCGGAAGAGCAUAUCUCAUCCCUUAUCUCCCGUACCAACAUCCAGCAACGUCGACAAUGACGCUAACCAGCAACUGCAAGGCGAGAUGACAACUGGCGAGUCAAGGUCUGCUAGCAAUCUCAAUCAGGACAUGGUUCCUCAGGCUGGCAAUUCGCAGGGUAGGCCUGAAUAUGCGAAGCAGGAAAAAAGCGUCUAGAUGCUGGCGUCUGUGGCACAGCUAGCCAAUCCCCUGAGUGACCAGCGAUCACAGAAGCUGAACGAUGGACUAUGGACCAUGGGCGGUGGACUAAGGACCAUACUCUUAUCCUGGUACGGUGGCCUAAUACAUGGUGGUGUUGAUCCGGUAGAUAUAUGCGAACGAGAUAUUCGACAGUGUGACCUGCACAUGCCUCGCAAGGACGGGUACUAGGCCUGUCGAGAGAUACGACAGUGGGAGAGCGAGAACGGCUACCCGAGGCUGCCCAUAAUUGCGCUGUCGGCUAAAAUAAUGUCGAUGUACAUGACAAGUGCUUGUCGGUCCGAUUCGGCGACUACGAGACGAAGCCGGUGGAUUUCAUCAAUCUCAGCAAAACCAAGUUUAGGUUCUCUGAGGGGAGCGCGCCCGCAACGGGAAUUGAUUGGUGAAAAAGACUCUCGAUGCCACUGGUCGCAAAUCCUCAUUCCGGGCGAGCUGAAGAGCAACCCA